AUGGAGGAACAGUGGCACGAGAUGAUUGAGCACAUGCGUGUGCUUACACAGACCAUGGCGCAAGCGGCACAACUUAACCACGCUGUGCAUGAGUCUCAGCAGGGACCACAAGGACCAACGCGAUCUACCGGUCGACCACGCGGGCCACCACCGCCGACCUUCUCGGGUGCAACGGACGAACGAGCUGACGACUUCCUGUUCUGCUUGGAAACCUUCGUCAGGUACCAUCGCAUCGACGACGACGACCAGCGCCUGCUACUUGCCAUCUCCUGCCUGCAAGGGCACGCCCUCACCUGGUACCGCAGCCUCGAUCCAGCUCCGACGAACAUGCAUGAGCUUCAGGAGCAACUCCGCGCGAGUUUCAAGACCAUCGAUGAGCAACGCCAACUGCGGGACCAACUUCGUCGACUGCGCCAAGACGGCAACGUGCAGGACUACGUCUUCAAGUUCCGACAGCUGAUGGUGCAGAUCGACGACAUGUCACGCCUGGACCGCAUUGAAGCUUUCAUCCACGGACUGCGGCCGCGCACCCGCCAGGAAGUCUCCUUCCACGGACCCGACACUCUGGAGCAGGCCUACCAGCUGGCCUCACGCUACGAUCGCAACUACACCACGGCCAACUCAUCCUACCGCCGUGGAGCGCCCCCGACGCAGCCACCUAAGUUCGACGACCGCGCCAUGGACAUCGACGCCAUCCGUGCCCAGCGCCCCCUCCGCCGACUGACUGACCAAGAGCGCGACGAGCUUCGGCGCCGUGGCGCAUGCUUCCGUUGCCGACGCGAAGGCCACCUCGCCGCCGACUGUCCGCUGAACGCCAGCGACCGUCGGUCGGGAAACGGCACGCGCCA